AUGGCGUCUCCGCAGCAAAAAUCGCUUCGCGAGGACACGACCCCGUUUCUCUUACAGCUCUUCUUUCGAACUGGUGCACUUCACAGGCCAGAUGAAUUCGCGUCGCAUACACAACCGGCGCACAUUUCUGUAUACACAUGGCCGGAUUGCACCCUCCACGAGCUGGCUCUCGAACUAGCAGCCGCCAAACCAUCCGCCUUCCCCUCCCCCGCCAUUGGAACUCGUCUUGUAUUCCAACUCGUCUUUCCAGAUCUGCGCAACACCAGUGCAAUCGCCAACUCACCUCCCCGGUUUGGUGUUAAGGACCUCGGCAGCAUUGUGAUAGGUGAGCGAGAGCCAGAUACGGUGUCACCAGAAGACGUCGACAUGGAUGCCCCCUUGAGAGGGCCCAAGGACGUGGAGAAGACACUCAGCGACGCGCGAUUCGUGGUGGGCGAUUACAUCUCGUGCGCCAUCCUACCACCUUUUUCAGAUGGGUCAGUGGCCCCGGCGUCGAGUGUUCGAAGGGAGACAGGCCCAGGCCCGCGUGAAGGCCGAGGUGGUUCGCGGGGGGGGUUUCGGGACCGAGAGAAUGGCUUUGGUCGUGGCGGAUCUCGGGGAGGACGAGGCGGUUGGAGAGACGACAUCGGGGGCGGAUUUCCGAUGGGCGAGUGGAGGAGAGGCGAGACGCUGCCGGAUGGCCCCGGUGGGAGAUCGAGAGGCAGAGGGAGGUGGUAG